AUGGGCAAAUCAGAGAUCAGAUAUGCUGCCAAAGUCGAUCUAGAGAAGGAUGCGGCUUCUCAACCUCAGCUCCACAUCGCAGAUGGUGAAGUCGUUAAAAUUGAAUGCGUCGACUGGACGGGCGGCCAGAUCAAAAACACCGACGACGCAGACGACAUCAAAAACGUCGACCUGACCAAGAUCCACUACCUUAGCGGACCUUUUGAGAUUGAGAAUGCCGAGCCUGGAGAUGUGCUGGUGGUAGAGAUUCAAGAUGUGCAGCCUUUGCAAGACCAGCCUUGGGGAUUUACAGGUAUCUUUGCAAAGGAGAAUGGAGGUGGAUUUUUGGAUGAACUGUAUCCUGACGCAGCAAAAGCCAUCUGGGAUUUCGAAGGCAUCUUCUGCUCUUCACGCCAUAUCCCCCAUGUCCGCUUCCCUGGCCUCAUCCACCCAGGAAUCCUCGGCUGUGCCCCCUCAGCCGCCAUCCUCGCAGAAUGGAACCGUCGCGAAAACCAACUCAUCUCUGAAUGCGCACACAUGACCCGCGAUGUAGCAAAACCACCUGAACCCACAAACGUCCACGCUGGGGCUGCCGAUGAGGCUCUGAAGGAAAAAGUUGGUGAGGAAGGCGCAAGAACCAUCCCCGGCCGCCCCGAACACGGCGGCAACUGCGACAUCAAAAACCUCUCCCGCGGCUCAAAAGUCUACCUCCCCGUCCACGUCCCCGGCGCUAAAUUCUCAGUCGGCGAUCUGCACUUCUCCCAAGGCGAUGGCGAAAUCUCCUUUUGCGGCGCCAUCGAAAUGGCAGGCGUGAUAACCAUAAAGUUUUCCGUCAUGAAGGAUGGCAUCAAGCAUUUGGACAUGAAAUCUCCAAUCUAUAUCCCUGGUGCUAUUCCCAAUGCUUGCACGACUCUGGGACUUCCAGUUGAUAUCUUCGACUUUGAUAUCAGACCUGAGGCUUCUGUCAAGAAGCUCGACAUGGGAACUUGCGCUUUUGCUUCCAAGUAG